ACGAUCGAGGGAUCGGGACCGGCGGAGUCGGCGAUCGUCGGAUUGGGUGGGGGGUUUCGAUGACGGUGUUCGGGCACGGGAUGGUGGUCGCCGGCAGUGGCGGAGGGGGAGGGGGAGGAGGGAGUAAGUUGGGGAGGCAGCAGGUGUGGCCUGUAGAAUACGAGACGGAGGCGGCGUCGCGGAGGCUGGUGGAGGCAGCGGAGCGGGGGGAUCUGAGGGUGGCGGCGGAGUGCCUGGCGGAUCCGAUGGUGGAUGUGAACUACUCCGGGGCGGUGUGCCUCAAGUGGCGGUGGGCGGAGGUGGUGCUCCGGGAGGAGGCCCCCGACGAGGUUCGUGUCGAGUACGAGGAGCUCCGCACCGACGUCUCCGCCCUCUUCCUCGCCGCCCGCUCCGGCCACCUCCCCCUCGUCCGCAAGCUCCUGGAGGCGGGAGCGGACGUGAACCAAAAGCUGUUCAGGGGGUAUGCGAUGACCGCGGCGGCGAGGGAGGGGCGGGUGGAGGCGGUGGAGGUGCUGCUGAAGGCGGGGGCCUCGCAGCCGGCGUGCGAGGAGGCGGUGGUGGAGGCAUGCUGCCACGGGCGUGCAAGGCUGGCGGAGCUCCUCAUGGGCGCCGACCUCGUCCGCCCACAUGUCGCCGUGCAUGCGCUCGUCUCUGCUGCUGCCCGGGGGUUUGUCGACGUUGUGGACACCCUUAUCCAGUGUGGGGUUGAUCCAAAUGCAACUGAUCGCAUGCUACUCCGCUCGUUGAAGCCAUCACUGCACAUCAACGUCAACUGUACAGCUCUGGUCGCCGCCAUCGUCAGUCGGCAGGUCGCUGCCGUCCGACGGUUACUUCAGGCCGGAGUGAGGACAGACAUCAUGGUGAGGUUGGGUGCAUGGUCAUGGGACACUGCAACUGGAGAGGAGCUCCGGGUGGGAGCCGGGCUCGCCGAGCCCUACAGCGUUACCUGGUGUGCCGUCGAAUACUUCGAAUCCACCGGAACGAUACUGCGACUGCUCCUCCAUCACUCCUCCCCCACCAACACCUUCCACUUCGGCCGGACCCUUCUCCAUCAUGCCAUCCUUUGUGCCAAUCCACGUGCUGUCCAGACCCUCCUGGCCUGUGGAGCCGAAUGUGAGCUCCCAGUGAAAACCACCAGGAAGAACGAGUUCCAGCCCAUCCACAUGGCCGCCCGGCUUGGCCACCCUUCAAUCUUGCAAAUCUUGAUCCAUAACGGGUGUGACCUCGAUUCAAGAACAGAGUCCGGGGAGACUCCAUUGAUGCUAUGCGCACGGUACAAGCAUGAUGAUUGCCUUGAAGUUCUUGUAUCCGCUGGUGCUGACCUUGGCCUGGUUAACUCUUCUGGUGCCUCAGCUGCAUCGAUUGCUGCUGCAAACCGGUGGAGCAUCGGCUUCCGACGUGCUGUUCUUGAUGUUAUCAGGUCAGGGAAGGUUCCUUGUUCGACUGAUCCAUCCAUGUUCUCUCCAUUGAUAUUUGCAGCACGCUUUGGCGAUGUCGAAGCUUUGGAAGUACUGCUGAUGCAACCAGAGGUUAACAUCGAUGAGCGAGAUGAGAAUGGAUUCACACCAGUUAUGGUUGCAGCCAAGGAAGGCAAUGUCGAUGCCUUCCGCUUCCUGGUCUUUGCUGGUGCCAAUGUGAAGCUAAGAAACAGAGCAGGGGAGACGGCGAUCACGCUUUCUCAAUCGAACAGCAAUUCGGAUCUUUUCGAGCAGGUGAUGUUAGAGUUCGCUCUCGAGAAGGGGAAUGCAGGAGGGUUCUAUGCUCUGCACUAUGCUGCUCGACGUGGAGAUUUAGCUGCGGUGCGGCUUCUGACCUCCAGGGGUUGCGAUGUCGAUAUGGCGGAUGGAGAUGGGUAUACACCACUGAUGCUGGCGGCAAGGGAAGGUCAUGGAGCGGUGUGUGAGUUGUUGAUUGCUUCUGGUGCCAGGUGUAAUGUCAAGACUCAUAGGGGGGAGACGGCACUUUCACUGGCGAGGAUGAAUGUUAAAUUUGGGAAUGAAGCAGAGGGUGUGAUAUUGGAUGAGGUAGCGAGGGUGUUGGUGUUGGAAGGGAGGUGUGUGAUGAAGCACACCAAGGGUGGGAAGGGAUCACCGCAUGGGAAGGUGCUGAGGAUGGUGGGGGGUGCAGGCGUGCUGCGGUGGGGGAAGUCGAGUUGCAGGAAUGUGGUGUGCAGGGAGGCUGAGGUUGGGGGGAGCUUGGCGUUUCGGAGGAACCGGAAAGCAAAGAGGGAUGCGUUUGAGGCUGGGCUGUUCAGGGUGGUGACCACCAAGGGGAGGGAGGUGCAUUUUGUGUGCGAGGGUGGGAAAGAGGUGGCAGAGCUCUGGGUGAGGGGGAUUAGGCUGGUGACGAAGGCAGCUUUUGGAAAAGGAGAGAAGUGAGCGGUAGAGGACUAGACUAGAAACCUGGGAUUUAUCUCCUGGGAGGGUUC